GAUCUCAAAGCUUAUUUGCCGGAAGCUACGCGUCCCCGGAUCUUCAUAUCAGAUUCAUCUAUGAUAUAAAGCACCUAACACGAACGGAUACCCAUUCAAAUGACCAAUGAAUGCUGGAUAACGAUGGUGAAACUACGUGUAUCCGUUGUUUUAAUAUUGCUCGCGUCUGUCAAUUUGGUGGAACCGCUGGUACAGGAAGGUUUAUCUAAAUUUUUAGGAUCUAUAACUGGCAUUAAAAAUGUGAGGAUACCUGAAUUAUUGAACCAAUUGUGCAAUCAAUCGCAAGGAUCAAAUACAACUCGUCGAGACGCGUGUUACGGAUGCUUCUUCAGGGCUACCAGUCAAACCCUUGGAUACUCUUUAUUAAUGGCUAUCUCGAACUGUGCCGAUAUUUACCUCAAUAAUACCGAUUAUGGCCACUGUCAACAAUACUUGAGAAACGCCACGAGCAUGAUGAAUUCAAGAACGAGUGCUACGACGAUAUAUUGCUCGUUUCUCGAAUGCGUACGUCAAGUAAAUAAGGAUACUUUGCUCAGGGAAUGCGUCGGCGAAGCCAUAAGAAUAUUCCCCAAUUUCAACUUGACGGACGUCAAAUUAGCCCAAUUAUACGUGAACACGACCGCGUGUGUGCUGGCGAAAACACGUUGCUCUCAAAUGAAUCCGAUAACCGGAGAAUUUCAAGAAGACGAUCUGGCCAAUAAGCUCAACAUACCCACGGUCAACGCGGUGCUGGUCAACACGAAUUAUGACAUCAACAUCGUACAGCUACCAUUCCAUUCCAGUUCCAUCGACGUUUGCGCAAAAUAUAGAAACUACGAGCAGGCCAGCUGGCCAACCGUCAUGUGUUGAUUGAAAUUUUCUCGUUUAAGAAACGGCCUAGAAACGGUGGCCAACCAUGAUCAAUUUACAAUUAUACACACGCCAGCAUUAACCUCUAUUUAUAAUAUCGUAUUGUUCUAGAGAUAGAUCAUUGGAUCGAAACCUUGAAACUCUUCGAAAUUUUUUUACUACUUUUACAUAUAUAAUCCGAAACUGUAGAAUAAUUUAUGAUACCAUCGUUACGAUAUGAAUUUUACUCGUUUUUGAUUAAUAACGAUCCAACCGAGAUCAUUUUUAUUUCAUUGUUCCAUUAGGAUAGUUUGUAAAGAAAACAUGAUAUCUCCAUAUUACGAACAUUAGAUUAACACGAACAUCAGAAACACGAUGGAAAAAAAUAAUAAUCUCGGGAAUCAAUGUCUAAAUAACAAAUUAAUAACAAAUGAUCGUCCAUUGUGCGAGAAAAAAACGAUUUUUUAAAAUCGAAAGUACAGCGUAAAAUCGACGCGCGCUAAAACGAAUGUGACGAUCCUUCAGAAACCGUGACUGACUUAAUCUCGUGAGAGUCGUAAUAGCCGCGCGAAAGAAUGCACGAAUAGCGGUGUAAAUGGAUAAACGUAUCGUAGCCGGUUCAUCGGCGCCAAGUACCGGAUGCGGACAUUAAAAGAACGUUUACGAUAUUACUUAUCUCGUAGAGUGAUCGUAACGAAGCGGCCAAUAAACAAAUUUACGACAAAUCGUACGGUAGAAAAAGGUGAAACGACUACAUCGAUCCAUCGUAGAAACCGAGUUAUAUCAGUAUAACACGAAAUAAGAAAUAUCUCUUCAAAGGAGUAAACUCUGGGACGAGCCAGAGACGAAUUUCAGAUUUUACAUUUUGAUUACGUUUGAAUCAUCGAUUAUUAUCGUUAAUUUUGGAUUCUUUGAUCCAAGAGGAGGGUAAUAAUUAGACGUUAUAGAAGUUCGUUUAUAUGAAAUUGUCAGGGGACAAGAAACUUGGUACAACCAGGUCGUUUUAAUAGGAAUUUACCCAGUCCUUCUCACCAAGUAUGAUAUUUCGCUCAGUAAACAGAAGUUCAUGUUAAUAUGAGAGGAUUCCACGAAACAUUUUCACUUAAAUACAUAAUAACGUAUCUACGGCAAACACGAUAACUGCGUAAUGCUUACAAAAUUAAUUCUUCAUUUAUUCAGUAACAGAGAAUAAAAUGUAUGUUAUAUCAUA